GCUAUUAAAGAUGGCUGCGAAUGUUGUUUCACAGGAAUGUGAUGAUGAGGAAUUUUUAACAUGUCCUGUGUGCUUGGAAUUGUUUAUAAAGCCUGUUAUUCUGGACUGUGGACACAAUUUCUGCAAGUCUUGUAUUGAGAAAGUUUGGGACAGCAGUGAUAAAGUGCCUGACUGUCCUGAGUGCAGGAAGGAAUUUAAAACCAGGAAAUACACUGUGAACUGGUUACUAGCAAAACAAGUUGAAGCCGUGAGACUGAGAACAGGGAGCACAGAUGGGAAUUCGGUAGUAGGCCAGCCACUAAACACUGCUUUCUGUGAGCAGCAUGAAGAGAAACUGAAAUUAUUCUGCAGAGAGGAUGAGACCCUUGUCUGCAUCAUCUGUCGGGAUUCUGCAAAACAUGCUGGUCAUAGCUUCUUGCCUGUAGGUGAAGCAGCCAGCUUGCAUCGGCAUCUCUUUAUUCAGGGUUUGGAGUUGUACAGACUUGUACAGGAUGACAUUAAAUGAAGUCAGAACCCCAUGGAUAAAGCAGAAAUAUUGAGGUCA